AUGAAGCUUUUAUCGCUUCUUCUACCUUUCUUACCCAUAGCAUUCUCACUCUCUACGAUCUACUGGCCGGUGACCAAUCCAUCAGCGACGAAUCCAUGGGUGAUAGGAAAUAACAAUUUAGUAGCAUGGACAACAGGAGGUGGAACAGGGAUUGAAUCAUUCGAUAUUCAAUUACAUAAUUCCAAUCGAUCAAUAAUGGUCGGUUUCUUGCCUAUCGCAUUGAGAGUACCGAUGGAGAAAUUACCUGGGAAGAAAAUUUACGGUGGUGAAAUCGAAGUUGAUUUAGUCAAUGGUUUACCUACUGGAGAAGGUUUUUUCUUGAUUUUCAUGAACACCUAUCACGGUGAAGUUUAUGCUAAAUCACCUAGAUUUACAAUCUACGACGCUCAACCUGCCAAUUACACUGCACCUGAUCUACCAACGGCGACAGUUACAGCAUCGCUCACUACCGUUCCUAACCCAACUCAACAAUGGGCAAUCACACUUAAUGGUAUUGAUCCCGAUGCGACUGGCACAGCCACCAACUUGGCAGGCAACGCAGGAAGUGGUACAUAA